AUGACCCGCAGUAACCAGCACGAGCUCGCCCACCAGAGGAAUAUGAGAAAGCAGAGUAUAGUACUCAGUUAAGGGAAAGCGGCCAGAUGAUGGCUUUCUGCUGCCACCCAGCAGUGGACGGACUCAGAGAUCAUGCAGCAGAAGCAGAAAAAGGCAAAUGAGAGGGAGGAACCCAAGCAGCUUUGUGGCUCCACGUCCAACCCUCUGGCCCUUGGCCUGCUGCCCAGGCUGCCCCCCUUCGCCCUGCCCUGGGCCAGGCCCGCUCCUGACACCAGAGCCCACAUCCGCCACAGGAGAUGA